CAAAAGUUGACAAGUAAACACAACACUGCUAAUAAAAAAUCGCAUGUUAUAAAUAAAAUAUUUUAUAAAUAUUCUUUUACAAAAUAAACCCACAAUGCCCGUGAGUUGCAAAUCUAAUUGUGGCAAAAAUGCUUCUAUGAAGCGUCCAAAAACUGGAGAUGCCCUUUGCAAGGAAUGUUUCUUUGCUGCCUUCGAAGCUGAAAUCCACAACACAAUCAAAGACAGUGCGUUAUUUAAGAAGGGAGAAAAAGUAGCUGUAGCUGCGAGUGGUGGCAAAGACUCCACUGUCCUUGCCCACGUUCUUAAACUCCUCAACGACAAGUAUGAUUAUGGUCUCGAUUUGGUACUCCUUUCUAUUGACGAAGGCAUAACUGGCUAUCGGGACGAUAGUCUGGAAACAGUCAAACAAAACCGAGAUGACUACAAAAUGCCUCUGAAAAUUCUUUCCUACGAAGAACUCUAUGGUUGGACAAUGGAUCGAAUUGUAGGGCAAAUCGGUCGUUCAAAUAAUUGUACAUUUUGUGGGGUUUUUCGUCGCCAAGCUCUGGACAGAGGAGCGAAACUGCUUGAAGUUGAUUGUAUAGCAACUGGACACAAUGCAGACGAUAUAGCAGAAACUGUGUUGAUGAAUAUUCUGAGGGGAGACACUGCCAGGCUACGAAGGUGUACUGACAUUAAAACCGGAGGCGGUGAGGAUACCAUACCUCGUGUCAAGCCUCUCAAAUAUGCCUAUGAAAAAGAAAUCGUAAUGUAUGCUCACUACAAAAAACUAGUUUACUUCUCCACCGAAUGUGUAUUCGCUCCAAACGCAUAUCGAGGUCAUGCGAGGGCGUUCCUUAAGGACUUGGAAAAAAUACGACCAUCUGUGAUCAUGGAUAUCAUUUAUUCCGGAGAACAAUUGGAAUUUAAGGACACAGUUAAGAAACCUGUACGGGGGACAUGUGAACGUUGUGGAUUUGUGUCAUCUCAGCAACCGUGCAAGGCUUGUGUGCUUUUGGAGGGACUCAAUCGAGGAUUACCCAAAUUGGGUAUAGGAAAGAAAUCCAAAGGCGAUCGGAUGAUUGCGAAUCAGGAUAAAGAAAUUGCAUUGCGAGAGAGAGCAAAUUUAGUGAAAAAUGAUUUUUAAGUUUAUGUGCAAUAAAGUUUUUUUUUUAUACACACAAAUAAAAGUGACUUUUAAUUUC